UGAGCGUUGGGGGAGCUGUUUGCUCUGACCAAUCAGAGAGCAGCUGAGGGGGAAGCGAGCAGCUGUUGCAUCGGAGGAGGAGGAGGAGGAGAUAGAGAUUUGGCGCAAGUUUCGGCUUCAGUGUGUGAAGACAACGGAGAGAAAGAGACUCAGAGGGCUGUAAGACAAGAUAAAACACUCUACUUUCAACUGAGAAGACUUCCUGCUACUAUUUAUAACGUUUGAGCUCAACAUGCCCAGCACGCGCUCUAACGGCCAGGCUCAGCCCACGCUGGCGUUCCCUCGCCGGAAAUCCUGCAGAGUUUCCUCUCACGGCAAGACGCCGCAGCGAGAGGAGUCUCCGGCUGCUUCGCCUUCAAAGCCCGAAACUCAGAACCUGAACCUGGGUCGCAUCGGACCGAUGUCCCCGAGACGCCCUGCCGUCGCCCGGACCUCCGCCCUCUCGUCUCCUCUCUCACUCAGAGCUCCUCCUUCCUCCAGAGAUCCUCCUUCCUCCCCCCGUCUGCAGACACGACUCCCCCUCAGCCCCAGGAAACGCACAGGAGACGAUAACGGCUGUAACCUGGGCGGCUCCUCGCUGCUCGGCUCCCCCCCGAAGCAGAGCAGGCCGGCCGUGAAUUCUCCCAGAAAGCUCAGCUUCGGCGAGAACUCUCCGCUCUCCGUUCGCCGCCGGCUGGUCCCGUCGCUGUCGCCACGGAAACCAUCGUCUCCCAACACCGGGUCGUCACCGCGGCGCCAGGACACUCCCUCCGGAACCCCGGAGGGAAAACAGGCGGUCUCCAGGCUCUUUGCAGAAAAGUCGAGGUUCCUGAGCGUGAAGCAGGCUUUGCACACGGCCCUCCCCGAGCGUCUUCUGUCCCGCGAGGUGGAGCGAGACGCCAUCCGGUGCUUCCUGAGAGACAAAGCCCUGCAGAGAGUCCCCGGCAGCCUCUACAUCUCCGGAGCGCCCGGCACCGGGAAGACCGCCUGCUUCAACUGCGUCCUGAAGGAGAUGGAGGUACUGAUACGAAACUGCCCGGCGUACGACCUGAGCUUCAGUGAGGUCAGAGGUCAGUCCCUGGUCGUCCUGUGGAAAGCUCCGGUGUACAUCGGGGCCAGCGCUGUGUCUGGGUAUCUGGUGGAGAUGGCCAAGGGAUCCUCAGAGUUUGUGACUCUGAACGAGGAAGCUGUGAGCCACCGGUACCUGCAG